GGUAUUUCUCCUGAACAUACUUUCCCUUCAAGAGGCUUAAUAAACUUGUUGCCUUUAGUUGUUUUUAAAUUUAUAAAAGGUUUCAUUUAGAGUUAUACAACCCUACGACCACCCGGAUGUUUCCGUCGACGAUCAUCUGCUUGCUACUGCUCAUCAUCGGCGCUGUCGCAGCCGACUGUCCUGAAGGCUAUGAGGUCGUCGGGUCCAAGUGCAUCCACCGUUACACGGGUGGAUAUCUGACGUACGACGAAGCGGCCACUUACUGCACCCAGCACUUCGGCAGGCUGCCUGUGCUUAAAGACUGCGCUUCCUUCCUUGAUGUCACCACCUAUGUCAACGAUGGAUACACAACUGAUUUCAACAACGGCUACUGGUUAGGCGCUACCAAUGGAACGCUCACCAAUGUUUGGCAGUGGAGUGACGGAGCGGCCGUGCAAAUGGGCGGUCCAUACUGGGCCACCAAUGCUGGAGUGAAUUUGGCAACGGAACCUUCGGGUGGUACGAGUGCGAACUGUGCUACUAUUUAUCAUACCUCGGGCUGGUUAUUCCGAGACGUCCCAUGUGAAGCCCACGUAUUUCCACUAUGCUCACGACCUUCAGUAGAUGGUCUCUGCGUGCACCCUUUUGUUUUGGUUGGCACUCAGUGUGUUCACAUAAUCAGUGAAAUAUACACCUGGCACGAGUCUCGUAACCAGUGUGGACUGGUCGGUGGGGAUCUGUUUGUUGUAGACGACUGCGAUCAGUACCACAAGGUUGCCCUCUACCUCGAUGAACAAGGUUACUAUGAUUUUUGGAUCGGGGUCUCAGAUGAGGCCGAGGAAGGGCAAUCAACGUUGUUUCAAC